CGCGGUCCAUACCACGCAUGCUGCGCUAUAUUCAAUACAUCCUGCAUGCAUAAUGAUGCAUUUUCGUUUCUGGCGCCGCUGAACUAACCCGGAAAUACUACAUGAAAAGUGAUUUUUAGUCGGUGUACAGUGCAAGUAUCCCUUGUAAAAAAAAGUAAUUUUUUGAAGUCCUGGUGAUAUUUAUACUUGGUGAAGAUUUCUUUGGAUACUGGAGCGUCUGGAGACGUGUUUGUUGGACAUAAAUUGAGAUAGUGUGUUGCCAUGGGCAACCUGUUGCUAAAGCUACGAGGUCCGCAGGAUGACGACCCUCAGAUCUUCAUUGACUUCGAAAAGGCGGAGCCCAAGGAAGACGAAGACGAAGUAUACUCCAUGGUGGAGGAUGUCUUAAGGGAGGCAGACGAGAUACUGAAGGACCUGCAGCAUUAUGGAGGGGCGGGGGAAUCCAUUAGAACGGCUAUUUGUAACCCCAGAAAUGAAGAUAUGCAGCAGAAGGCCUGGGCUGACGUCUGUCCUUUGGUAGCACGGCUCAAGAGAUACUUUGAGUACUCACAGAAAAUUGAGAAAGCUUUGAGGCCGUUACUGCAAGCGUUAUGUGCCGAUGUGGACAUGAAACCAGCUGAACACCUAGACAGGCACCAGGCUUUGGCUAAGCAGUUUGCCAGAAUCCUCCAUUUCACCCUCAAGUUUGACGACCUUAAGAUGACCAAUCCAUCAAUUCAGAAUGACUUCAGUUAUUACCGGAGGACGCUAAGUCGAAUCAAGAUGCAGGACUCGGACCAAGGCCAAAACCGCACCUAUGCCGUCAACAACGAGAUGGCAAACAGAAUGUCCUUGUUUCUGGCCGAAGCUUGCCCGAUGCUCAAAAUCCUGAGCGACUCGACCACUAAGUUUGUCACUGAGUGCAAGCAGGUUCCUGUUGAGAACACGACCGAUGUGCUGAGCACGAUGGUCUCCGUAUGCAAGCUCAUGAUAGCUAAGAGCGAGCACUACUGCAAAUUCCAAAACGAAGACACCGCUCUCUUCUGCAUGCGUAUCAUGGUCGGCCUCAUCAUUCUGUAUGAUCAUGUCCAUCCAGUAGGCGCCUUCGACAAGAAGUCAAGCAUAGACGUGAAAAGUUGCAUAAAAGUGCUAAAAGACCAGAGUCCGAAUGAGUUGGAGUCUUUGAUGAAUGCACUGAGGUACAACAGCAAACACUUCAACGACGAGACCACACCAUGCUCAACUAGGGCCCUGCUCACCUGAGUUAACCUUUGACACGACCCUUCCCCCGGUCAUAUCUUGCACACAAUCCUCCUGGCAGGACCUAUCUUUCUUGGAAAUCUUAAUGGCAGAACAGUGGUCCGGUUGUUUUGUUAGCCAGGUUACAUAGGAUCGGCCAAGAGAACGAUUUGUGCGUUUUGGUUCUGGGAACAUUUCUGUAGGUAAGAGAUGCAGACUUUUUUAAUUUCGAUUUAUUUAUAACCUUGAUACCAGUCAUCGCUGUAAUGACUGAUUACUGUUGGAAAUCUUUGAUCAAAAUUUGUGUAAUUGAUUUCAGUGAUUCCGUAGCUAAUUAGUUUCAUGUGAACCAGAAUUUGGUAAGGAACUUUCCCGCCUGUGAAAAAUGGUUUCCCAUACUGACAUGGAAAAUCUCUAAGGAUGUCUCAGGUGCUUGGAAUUGGCGAUGGGCUGCAGUGGGAACACGUCCCGUUUUGAAAACGUAAAGAAAGCUUGUCCUGCAGUGGGAACAUUUGCCUGGUUAAUGCAGGAUUAACCUGAAGGAAAUAUCGCUCAUUCCUACUGGAAAACAGUCAGGGUUCCACGAGGUGCCUUCUGUGGUACACCGACACUCCAAGCUUAGAGACUCUCCCUAAAUCCUUUGAUAUGUAACUUAUCUAAACCAACUGUUGCCCAUUAAUGCAUCGGUAUUUUUUUACGAGCCAAGGAACAAAAUAGUCUUACCUUUGUCUUGUUUUACGACUUCACUCGAGGCCGUCACAUAAUGGUGUACCAUACAUGUAUGAUCUUAAGAAUAUCAGCAUAUUGAUUAGGUAUGUAACGAUCUGGCAGCAUUCCAGCCAUGCUUGGGGUAAGUAGACUCUCAUGAGACUGUGUUAUUGUGGAUUGUUUCAGUUCCUCAUCCUUCACCUGUUGGAGAAUGGAGGACUGAAAGGCCAACGUUUUAGGUAGAAGUGGUGCUCUUUUUGGGGGGGGGCUGGUUGGCCUUGUUUUUUUCUGCGAUAUACUUUCUGGCAGGGAUCCUUUCUGAGGGAAAUAGUCAUUCAGGUGAAACACCUUUCAUGUUUUUCAAAUUAUUACACGUUGCAGUCUGUCAUUUAAUUAAACAGUAGUUCAAACCCAAUUUUGCGGGGCGCAUGUGGCCAAGUGGUUAGGGUUUGUGACUUCCAAUCAUAGGGUAGGAGGUUCGAAUCCAGCUGCUGGCAGUAUG